GUGUGUGUGUGUGUGUGUGUGUGUGUGUGUGUGUGUGUAAAAGAGAGAGAAAAUUACAGACACACACAAGCAGACUAAGACUAAGAGAGAGAAUUCAGAGAGAGAGAAAGAGAGAGACAGUGAGAGUGAGAGAGAGAGAGACAGUGAGAGUGAGAGCGAGACAGUGAGAGAGAGUUUUAGUGAAAGGAAGAGGAGGAUCCCUUUCGUAGAAAGCAUUUCCCCAUAGCUACCUGGUGUUGUGAGCUGCAGUACCAGUGCCUCUCUCAAGGGAAAUACAUCCUCUCAUACAACUGGUAGCCUACAUGUAGGGAGAGUGGAGUGCACUGCAGAUCUACGUUACGUGUUGUGGAUGGAUUCUUCGAUUAUAGUUUUCGCCAUUGUUAUUGCAGAGUAAACGAAGAGGAUCACCAGAGCUUGGACCAGCCCUCCACCACCAACCAUCCUAAUGGAUCCUUAGCCACUGUCUGCUGCUAUUUGACCGAUCUGCGGUCGUCUGGACAUUCGGUGAACAGAAAAGUUCUCUACAUGGACCCUAUGUAUAAAGGUGGUGCCUUGCAUCAGAACCCCCUCCAGCCAUGAGCUACCCCCAUCCUAGGCAUCCUGGGUAGGAUGACGGCCGUGUACCCCUCUGGGGUAGGCUCUGCUGGGGCUACGGUGGGGAGUUCCAGGGGCUCUGGGGCUGGGAGAACAGGCGGUCAGGACAGGAGAUAUGCCCGCUGGAGCCGUCAGGACAGCUCGGACAUCGCUACAGAUGAUGAGGGGGUCCCUGCCCGCCAACUCACCCCCCUGGAGAGGCUGAACCUCGACAUGUGCCAGGACGACAGGGUGGUCCGUGAGCUCACAGUGGGCCGACGUAUCGGCUUCUACAAGGUCCGCGGGGAGAUCGGCUGUGGAAACUUCUCCCAUGUCAAGCUGGGGAUCCACGCCCUCACCAACGACAAGGUGGCCAUUAAGAUCCUGGAUAAGACCAAGCUGGACCAGAAGACCCAGAGGCUACUGUCCAGAGAGAUCUCCAGCAUGGAGAGACUACACCACCCCAACAUCAUACGUCUCUACGAGGUGGUGGAGACGUUGUCACGGUUACACCUGGUGAUGGAGUAUGCUGGUGGAGGAGAGCUCUACACCAAGAUUAGCAUGGAGGGGAAACUGUCGGACAUUGACAGCAAGAUUGUCUUCUCUCAGAUCCUCUCGGCUGUCAAACACAUGCAUGACAACAGCAUCAUCCACCGUGACCUGAAGGCAGAGAACGUGUUCUACACGUGCAGCACCUGCGUCAAGGUGGGAGACUUCGGCUUCAGCACGCUGAGCCGCCGCGACGAGACCCUCAACACGUUCUGCGGCUCCCCGCCCUACGCCGCGCCUGAACUCUUCAGGGACGAACACUACCUGGGCGUCUUCGUAGACAUCUGGGCCCUGGGCAUCAUGCUGUUCUUCAUGGUGACAGGAACCAUGCCCUUCAGGGCGGACACGGUGGCCAAACUGAAGCGCUGCAUUCUAGAGGGGGCCUAUGUGCUGCCCUCCUGGGUACAGGAGCCCUGCCAGAGGCUGAUCAGAGGCAUCCUCCAGCCCCAGCCCUCAGACCGCUGCAGUGUGGAGCAGAUGAUGGGCUGUGAGUGGCUGCUGCCUAUAGACUUCCCCCGGGCCAUGGAGCCUUUUAAACUGGACCCGUCCUAUCUGGCCGAGAGCACGCCUUCAGAGUUGGAGGAGGAUGAGGCGGAGGUGAGGGAGGCGCUGGAGAUACUAGGGAUCACCCCGGAGCAUAUCUUAAAUAAUCAGGGGAAGGACUGUAGGAGUUCUGUUACGGGCAUUUAUAGGAUUCUGUUGCACCGUGCGCACAAGAGGCGGGCGGUGGAGAGCAUGCCUGUGGUUACACAUGUGGUCGGGUCCAGCGUGAGUAAAAAGGACCGGCUAAAGGCGUACCACAGCUUACGGCACACCUCCAAGCUCUGUGUGAUUCUGUGACGAAAAGCCUUUGCUCCUAUAGUUUAACUUUUGUUGUAGUUUUUUUGUCAAUAAAGUAAACAUUUAUGUGACUGUGAAUGAGGAAUGAGGUGGGGAAUUUUAAAUCAGUGCAACUUCUGUCUAGAAUGUUUAUCAACAAAAUGUUCACCGCAGAUAAGAAAAACGGGGGAAAAAUCCUAAAGUUGGGAUUGACGUUAGGAUUUUUCUUAUUUUUAAAUCAGUCUCUGUGAGAAUAUACUUUAGCCUGGGUGCCUGUCUUUUUCGACUUUAUCUUACCAGACAAGGCAAAAAUUGUACAUACUGUCAUCCAGCAGACGCUUUUCUCCAAAGUGACAUACUGUUAACGCGUACGUAUAUUCAUAUGACCUCAUGCAGCAAUAAGUCCUACAACUCUGAUGUUACAAUCACAACCUGAAGCGACUGAGGCUUGGUAAAACCAGAUGUAGCAUUGUGGAAUGCAGAAAGAGUCAAGCAUCCAGGCUAAUGAGAAGGAAGAAUGUGAUGAUUUGAAAUAGAAAUCAGGAGGUGAUUAUGUCUCGAAUGUUUUAUUGCACUGUUUUUGACAGACAUUAGUUUUUUCUUUCCAGUUACAUGACAUCAUGAUUCUGAAGCGGCUGAGGCUUGGUAAAACCAGAUGUAGCAUUGUGGAAUGCAGAAAGAGUCAAGCAUCCAGGCUAAUGAGAAUGAAGAAUGUGAUGAUUUGAAAUAGAAAUCAGGAGGUGAUUAUGUCUCGAAUGUUUCAUUGCACUGUUUUUGACAGACAUUAGUUUUUUCUUUCCAGUUACAUGACAUCAUGAUUCUAGACAUUUUCAUCUCCUAUUUCAUAAAUGCAUGUCAUUUUUAUUCAUUUUGCAUAUGAUAUCCUAUCACAGUACUUCCCAAACUUCUCCUUGAGUACCCCCAGCCAGUCCACUUCUUUGAUGUAUUUCAAAACGAGCAUAGCUGAUUGAAAUGGUUACCUAAUCAUCAAGCCCUUCAUUAGUUGAAUCAGCAGUGCUAGUUCUGGAAUACAUAAAAUAACUGGGCUGGCUGGGGGUACUCGAGGAGAGGUUUGGGAUGUCUGAUUAUAUCUCUUAGACUGAGAGCCAGUCUGUUUUUGCGCUAUCAUGCUAACUCCUUGUCACUCAUUGUCAUGCAAAACGUGUUUGGCUUUGACAAUAAGCACUGGAGUUGGCAAGAGCACAAACAGAUCUGGGACCAGGCUAGAUAUCAGCAGGUAACUGGUUGAAAGGAACACAUUGGCCUUAUUGGCCUGGUUGGGUUGACAGUUAUUUGUACACCUUACCUGUCGUCGCCAAUAAUUUGAUUUUCAAUUGUUAUGAUGCCAUAUUACUGCCCAAUAUAUAUUUUCAAAAUAUGAAAUAAAAUGCUGAAAUAC